UAUUUCCUCUCUAUAGAUCUUCGCUCGAUCGGCCCGCCACCAGCACCGUCGAUCGGAGGUAAAGAAAUUACACACAUGCAGUCGCCAGACAAGGACGCCUCCAGGAGACGCGCCAAGGCCAAAGGGAGACAGAGACUGGGAUCUGAAAGCUAUUCUUCUACCAAUUGGUCAGGGCAGGUCAAUUUUGGCUGCCUAUUGAAUUGACCUGAUCUGGGAGAUGCUGCCAGGACCGCUCACGAUCAGUUUCAGCUUGUCCUUUGACUUGGAAGGACAUUUUUUGCAGUUUUUUUUAUAUUAAAAUUUAGAAAGUGACAAUUUUUACAUUAAGUUGGUGUUUUAAGAGUGUUUCAAGAUGAGGGCACUUUGCUUGCUGAUUUUAUCAGCAAUCGUCAACUGCAGUGUCGGAUACACGAUCGUUGAACGACCUGCAAAAGUCGAUGAGAAAGAGUUCAGCUACAACCGAAUUCCAUCCGGCGUAGUUCAAUCGCGUCCCCCGACGGGCUUCUGGUUUCAGCAACAUCCGUACAACCUGCCGAAGUCCGAUUCCCAAGCGCUCUUCGAGCUGUACUACCUGACCCAGGUGAUCACCAUCUACCGACGCCACCACCCACGUGCACACCGGUCCCAUCUGGACGCGCUCGUCGAAGAACUGCAGGAUGACGGUUUUCAGCAGAAGAUGCGUCAAGCGCUGCAAGGUAUCAAGGAACUCGACGUCCUGAAAGCCUACGCCGACUUGAACCUCCAGGACUAUGCCCCGUUCGUGAACGAUCGUCGCCAGCUGAUUCCGACGAUUGACCGAACGCUGAACGAGAUCCAGCUCGGUCAGAUCAAGGACAAAGCACUUCGAUGGACGUUGGAGCGACUGAAGGAGGAAUCGACGGCGUUGACGGUCAAGAUGGCACGCAAGGAGGCCGAGGUGCUCAGGGAGUUGAUCGAGUCGAACCGGAAGGUCGAGAAGGCUUGGACCGUGUCGGACAUCCUGGCGGCCGUGUUCGGGAAGCAGGACGAGGACACCAUGAAGGACUUUGAGCAGAAGUACGAGGUCGUGGACGACGGGAAACCGAUCGACGAUGGCAAGGUUGAGGAGUUUUGGGUGGUGUUUGAGGACGAUAAGCGGGAGGAGUCUACGACCAAGGCGCCUACUCCAGCUGAACCGGAAACAAAGCCAUUCCAGUUUGUUGACGACAACUACGAGCAGUACGAGGCGAAACAGGAAGUUGAGGUCGAUGCUAAGGAGGAAUCGGCUGAACAAAGUUCUGAGUCGAAGGAGGUAGAAGAAGCUGUUACCAUUGAAGAAGUUGAGCAAUCUCUGGAACAGGACUCUCAGCCCAAAGAAGAGGUCGAAGCUGUUGAAAGAGAAGACACCGUUGUCGAAGAAGAAACCAUCGAAGAAUCUCUUGAACAAGAGUCAUCUGUUGAACUGGACGGCGAGCAGCGUAUUGAGACUGAUGGUUUUGAGUUCAAACCGGAAAACUAUGAGGGGGCAGACCUGGAAGAGUCUGACUACGAGCGAACGGUACCGGAAAAAGAAGAACAAAGUUUGGUCGAGGAAGUCGUAGCUGAGGAAGAACUUCCCGAUGCCGUUCCCGAAGAACUGCAGACGCUGGAUGCUUCAGUGGAAGUCGUAGAAGAACCUGAACCGGAAUACACUGAAGAAGUCGAGGAUGAACUACCAAGUCUGGAAGACUCUGCGAAAAUUGAAGAACAACCAGAGCCUGCUUUCAAUGGAGAACUCGAGGAAGAACUGCAGAAUCCAGAUGAUCCCGUAGAAACUGAGGAACAACUUGAGUCAGAAUUUACUGAAGAAAUCAAUGAGGAACUGCAGAGUGUGGAUGGUUCCUUGGAAGUCGUCGAAGUAUCUGAACCAGCAAACACUGAGGAAGUCGAGGAAGAACUACAAAGUUUGGAUGAUUCCGUUGAAUCUGAACAACCCAAACUCAUCGAAGAACUCGUGGAGGAGAUCCCGGAACCAGCCGCAGCCAAGGCUUCACCAGACUCGAUCACCUUCCCAGAAGAUCCCAAGUGGGUCGAGGACUCUGUGAGACCGCUUGGACCAUCGGUAGCUACCGGCUUGGACUCUGUGUACAAUCCGGAAGAGGUCGAAGCACCGGUGACCCAAUCGGUACCCCUUUGGAUCAGCAAAGGCUACGCCGCUGAGUAUGAGGGACGAGAAGUUGUGGGUGAGGAAGAACCUGAAGAAGUCCAACAAGCUGAAGACUUGGAGUCGCGAGCUGAACCAUCUCAAACAGUGGAAAUCGAUCAGGAAACGCUCCGCUACGUCGCCUUCGAGAUCCUCAAGGUGGUGAGCUUGCUGGAGGACAACGCCGGCUUCACCGGACUACGCGAUCAGAUCACCACCGAAGACGUGGAUCGCCUGAUCGAGCAGCUGAGCAUGGAGCAGUUUGUGGGUCUGAUCGACGAGCAGGGCAUCAACCGGGUUGAGAUGAUCAACGCGUUGGAGCGGUUGAUAGUGGAGAAGGAUCUGGAGAAUUCGGGCGAGAUUUUGGAGGUUCUUGAGCAGUGGAAGCAAGGUGAGGACGCGCAACCGGUUGAGGAUGGGUACUUUGGCGAGAGUUACGGUAAAGAUGGUGAGGGCGAGGUUGAGGGUCGUAUACUAGAUGAUGGAGAGGAACCGCUGGUUGAUGAGUCUGUGAACGUGGAAGAGGUUGGACCAGAGCUUAAGUCCAAUGAUCUUGAUGAGGCUGAACCGGUUGACGAUGGGUACUUCGGUGAAAAAUAUGGCCAAGCUGAAGGAGAUAUGGACGGAAUCGAAGGUCGUAUGUUGGAUAUCGAUGAGGUGGCAACCUUGGAAGAAGCUCAGGAACAACUUGUUGACGAAGUAGAAAGUGAAGCAGGAUUACAGGUUGAAGACUCGGAAGACAACGUGGAAGAGGUCCAAUCAGAGCAUAAGUCGAAUGAUCUUGAUGAGGCGGAACCGGUUGAUGAUGAGUACUUUGGUGAGAAUUACGGUAAAGCCGGAGAAGAUGAGGAUGACAUCGAAGGUCGUAUGUUGGAUAUCGAUGAGUUGGCAACCUCGGAAGAAGCUCAGGAACAGCUUGUUGACGAACCGGAAAGCGAAGCAGAGUUACAGGUUGACGACAUACAGGACGCUGAAGAAGAGGUUGAACCGGAGACAGAGGACGUUCAGGAAUUGAAGUCUAACGAUCUUGUAGACGAAGCUGAACCCGUUGACGAUGGGUACUUUGCCGAAAAAUACGGCGAAUCCGAGGACGAAGCAGAGAGUCGCACACUGGAAGAUGAUCAAGAGACGGCUGAGCAAUCCGAGCUGGUAGUGGCCACUCCAGAUGAAGCUCAGGACGCGGAACAGUUGGUUGACGAGCUGGAAGGAGAACUUAAGGGCGAUGCUGAGCUGCAGGUUGAAGAUUCAGACACGCUGGAUGAGAUUUCAGUGGAGCCAGAAAGCGUUCAAGAGUUGAAAUCUGGUGAUCUUGUUGAGGAUGGUGAGUUACUCAACGACUCACCGGAAUUGUUGGAAGACGCUUCGGAUCUUUCAGAAAGCAUCUCGCAAGUUGAAAAACUUCAACCGUUCCCGGAGGAGGUCACCGAGGAUACCGAACCUCUGGAAGGUGCCCAACGCGUUGUAGAAGAGAAGAAGUUGCAACCAUUCCCAGAGGAGGUCACGGAAGAAACGGUUCCCGUGAACUCAAAGACGCUUGAGCCAUUCCCAGAUCAAAUCCUAGACGAAGCGCAGCCACUGGAGGUCGCCUUGGACCAACUGGAACCGUUCCCGGACCAGAUCUUGAACGAAACGCAGCCGUUGGAGAUCGCCGCAGAAGAUCAAGAGUCCGACUCGGCUGUUGACGACGUAAAGAUCGUCCCGGUCAGCAAUCGACCAUUUCCUGCGACGCCUACCGGCGGGUCGGAACCUCUGGAAGUGGCUCGAACUGGCACUGAUGAAGGCGCUUUAGCCGACGAGGAUCGCCGUGAAGAAAUCCUCGAGGAUCUUCAUCCAGAACCGUAACCUUUUUGUGAUCAACUUAACAAUAAACUAGCAAUUAAGAACAAACUAGAAUAAAGACAACUUCAAGAGCAUUAUUGUAA